CAAUGGCACUUUUAAUACUCAAACUAAUUACUCAGUUGGCUCUUCUCCAUGGUCAGUAGCAGUUGUCGAUGUGAAUAGCGACAAUAAACCUGAUAUUACUGUUGCUGACUUUGGUUCGAACAAUGUCGGUGUUCUUCUCAACGCAGGCAAUGGCACCUUUAAUGCUCAAACUAAUUACACAGUUGGCUCUGAGCCAAUAUCAGUAGCAGUCGUCGAUGUGAAUAGUGAUAAUAAGCCUGAUAUUAUUGUUGCUAACUAUAAUUCGAAGAGUGUCAGUGUUCUCCUGCAUUGUUAA